AUGGCCGCCGCCGCGGCGGCCGCCGUCUCGGUCCUGUGGAUGGCGGCGGCGGCGGCCGCCUCCCGGGCGGCGGUGAUGCGCUGCUGGGCGUGCACCGCCUCCUUGGCGGCGGCCAGCUUCUGGCGGGCGGCUAUGGCGGCGGCGGCGGCCUCCUUGGCCGCGGCGGCGGCGCUCGCCACGUCGGCCGCGUUGGCGGCGGCGGCGGCAGGGAAGGCGAGCGUGUGGGGCGGCGGCCGGGCGGCGGCCAGCCAGGGCGCGGGGGCGGCCCAGGGGCCGGCGAUGCCCCUCUUGGCGGGCCGCUUGCCCUCCGGCCCGGUGGAGGCGGGCCGGCACAGGCCGAGGCAGGCCAUCGCGAGCACCAGGCUAGUCUGCAACAGCGACCAGCACGCUCACGCAGCAGACGCGAGACUGCGCGAGGCUGUCCCAGACAUCGGGGCCGGGAGCUGGCGUCUGGACGCUCCGCAGGGCGCCGCGGCGACCAGGCGCGUCCUGUCCGCCGACAUACAGCAGUCUGCGAGGGUCGCGGCACAGAGCGAGGUGUCUGACGGCUUGUACUCACCACUGGGACCUGCAUCUUCAGGCGAGGGAGAGCUGGAGGAGGCGGUCUCUGACGGGGCCGGCGGGCUGGCUGCUGCCUCGGCUCCCGUCGCGCCGGUACUUAUACAGCGGUCCUCGUGA